AUGAAAUUACUCAUUGCUUUCUCUCUCUGGAUUGUUCUCAUUGUAUUCCAGGAACAAAUUUCUUGUUUUUCCUUAAAUAUACCUGCUUCUCUUGGCUACUAUCAAGAUGGGGAUUUUGUUAUUGGAGGAUUCUUUUCCCUUAGAGUGACGGAUAGACCCUUUAUAAAUAAAUUUACCUUUAAAAGCACACCAUAUAUACCGGAAUAUGUUUACAUGGAUCUUACCAAAAAUUAUCAGCACAUGUUGGCUAUGGUGUUUGCUAUAGAAAAAAUCAACAAGGACCCAAAUAUUCUAUUCAAUAUGUCCCUGGGAUUCUAUCUCUUCAAUGUUGACUUUCAUGAGAUAAAGGCUAUGGAAAGUUCUAUGGCUUUGUUCUCAGGAGAGAGCCCCCCAGUUCCUAACUACAGCUGCGGGUCUGAGAAGACUGAUAAGCUGGUUACAGUGAUAGGAGGCAUUUCAACAGGAAUAUCAACUCAGAUCUCCCGAGUUCUAAGUCUCUACAAUGUCCCACAGAUCAGCUAUGCUCCUUUUGACCACAGUCUUGGGACCAGAGUCCAGCUCCAGUCUCCUUACCAGUUUCCUGUGCACACCACAGCUCUGUAUCAGGGAAUUAUUCAACUGCUGCUAUACUUCACUUGGGUCUGGGUUGGCCUGGUAGUCACAGAUGAUAUGAGGGGAGAACUCUUCCUUAGGUAUAUCACAGAGGAGAUGACAAACCAUGGACUUUGUGUUGCAUUUGCCGAAAAGGUUCCAGAAAUUAAUGCUGAGGACACAGUAAACAAGAAGCUUUUUAGGAAAAGACUCAUACAGACACGUGUUAUCAUUGCAUUUGGUGACACAUAUUCUCUUCUGAAGUUUGUCAAUGACAUCAUUUACUAUACUACUUUUCGUAAUGUCUGGAUCACAACUUCUGAUUGGGAUAUCACCACAUUUCCUUUUCAGCAACAUAUAAGUUAUGUAUACUUUGGUGGAGGAUUAUCAUUUUCUGAUCACAUGGAUCAAAUUCUGGGAUUCAAAGAUUUUCUCAGAAAUGUUCAACCUAGAAAAUACCCUCAUAAUAUCUUUAUCCAGGAUAUGUGGUCGAUCUUAUUUGAAUGUCCAUAUUUGUAUCAGCACAAAGUCAGGGAACUAAGUCAAUGUGAGCCAAAUGGCAGCCUGAGCACACGACCUCUGCAUGUUUGGGAUAUGAAUACCUCACCCUAUAGCUACAAAGUCCACACUGCUGUGUAUGCCAUUGCCCAGGCACUCCAUGAGGAGCUGUCAGUCAGAGUGGAAGGAGAUUCAUUGGAUAAAGGUGUACUCCAGGCUCCUCUCCCAUGGAAGCUCCAUCCAUUCUUACAAAAGGUACAGCUUGGGAGAAGCAGCAAUGAGGAGAACAUUGUGAACAAGGAAGUUGCAGCUACCAAGCUUGACAUCUUUAAUUACCAGUCUCUGCAGAGUGGUACCAAAGCUCAAGUGAAAGUUGGCGAGUUUGUCUUUGAAUCUCACAGUGUUCAGCAUCUUUCCCUAAAUGACAAACUCAUAUCUUGGGGUAAAUACAACAAGGAGAUUCCUGUGUCUGUUUGCAGUCAAAGUUGUCCACUUGGAUAUAGGAAAACACCUGUUGAAGGGAAACCAUUCUGUUGCUUUGAUUGUCUCCCAUGUCCAGAUGGAGAAAUUGCAAAUGAAACAGGUAUUUAUAAAAUAAUUUUGAAUGUGGAAAUUUAUAGAAAUCAUUCUAAAUGUUGGAAUGAUUCCCAGUGGGGGCAGGGGCUUGUAACACAAAUCCUGAAGACACAGUUACCUCCUAAUACUUUAAAACAAGUUCUUGCCGGGUUCAGUUCACAAACAACCUCUCAUACAGGGCCAGCUAUACCCUGCUACUCAGGUGAAGUUCAGGGAUUAUUCUCCCAAGUGCUGCAAUUGGUGAAGGACAUGGCCAGUUUUCCAAUUCUCACAAUCCAAGGGCCAGCUUUUCUUCCUGUCAUAGAUGGCAAGGGCCAAGGGAGGGCUGGCUCACCUGCAACGCCCAUAUCCAGAGCUAGCUCUACUGUGCUGACCAGGCAAGGUUCAGGACCUGGUCUCCUGAGUGCUGAAGAAGGGAAGAAGUAUGGACAGCUCUCCUGUUCUGAUGACCUUGGGGCCAACACUCCUACCAGUGGUAAAAAGGGUAAAUGCAAAGAUGCAUUAGAAGUAAAAAGAUCUUCAGUCAUCACUGCAGGCAGCAUCAUCACUCCCAGGAGCAGCUUCAUCAGGGCACCUUCAUCCAUCUUGAACUACCCUCGUCAAUCACUCUGGAACCCACAGCGGAUGGCGAUGAUCCUGUGA